GAGAAGACGUAUACAGUAGAAGAUGCAGUAGAAACUAUUGGCUUUGGUCGUUUCCAUAUCAUGCUGUUUUUUGUGAUGGGAAGCACUGGGAUUGCUGAAGCAAUGGAAAUAAUGCUCUUGGCUGUUGUGUCCUCUUCUAUACGUUGUGAAUGGCACCUUCAGAGCUGGCAAGUUGCAUUAGUAACUACGAUGGUGUUUUUUGGAUACAUGAUUUUUAGCAUUGUUCUUGGCCUUUUAGCAGACAGAUACGGACGUUUGAAGAUCCUCGUGAUCUCUUUUAUGUGGGGAGCAUUCUUCUCCCUGCUAACUUCCUUUUCACCAUCGUACGUCUGGUUUGUCUUUCUACGAUGUAUGGUGGGAUGUGGCGUCUCAGGACACGCUCAGGGCCUCAUUAUUAAGACAGAAUUUCUGCCGAGGAAGUUUCGUGGAUAUAUGCUGCCUUUGUCCAUGCUCUUUUGGUUGGCUGGGUCCUUAUUAAUCAUUGGAUUGGGAUCUGUCACCAUUCCCACUUUAGGCUGGCGUUGGCUCAUUCGAUUUGCAUCCAUUCCAGGCAUUAUACUUAUCACCGUAUUUAAAUUUAUUCCAGAGUCGGCUCGAUUCAAUGUCUCAGUUGGAAAUCACCAGGCAGCAACAGAUACUUUACAAAGAAUAGCCAAAAUAAAUCGUUCAAAAAUGCCAGAAGGAAAAAUCAAUGAACCAAUAUCGGAGAGGACUGGCAGCUUUUGUGAUCUUUUACACCCUAAAUAUAUUCGAACAUCUCUACAAAUAUGGGUCAUCUGGCUUGGAAUAUCUUUUGCCUAUUACGGGGUCAUCCUAGCCAGCUCAGAGCUUUUGGCGCGAAAUCUACUAUGCGGCACAGGGAAUAAAGCAGAGGAGGAAGUACUACAGGAGGCCAAAACCCCCUGUUACUGUCAUAUGCUUAGUCCUUCUGACUAUCAAACCAUGAUUAUCAGCACUGCUGGAGAGAUUGCAUUAAAUCCUUUUAACAUACUGUUCAUUAACCUUCUUGGACGACGUUGGACACUUGGCAUCACCAUGACCACAACAGGCAUCUUCUUUCUGCUCCUUAACAUCUGCAUGUCACGCACUGGUCUGAUUGCCAUUCUCUUCUGUCUUCGAGCUUUGGUAUCUGCCAACUUCAACACCAUUUAUAUUUACACAGCAGAGGUCUACCCAACAGUGAUGCGGGCCAUAGGAAUGGGGACCAGUGGUUCUAUAUGUCGAAUAGGUGCAAUGGCUGCUCCAUUUAUAGCCCAAGUCUUACUAAGUGCUUCCAUAAUAGGUGCCCUUUGCCUGUUUGCCAUUGUUUGUUUCAUCUGUGCCAUUUCUGCGUUCACCUUGCCCAUUGAAACAAAAGGAAGAGCACUUCAGCAAGUAAAGUAAAGACAACAUUGAGGAGAACGACUAUCCUUUAAAGAGAUCUUCAGCUUAUUUCUGUUGCUUGCUCGUUUUGCCAGAGCCCUCUUUACCUACCUUUGCUGUAUGUCAUACAUGGUUUGUUAGAAUACAAUGUUUGUAUUGUUUCCCAUUGCACAGUGCUGUGAAAUAUGUUGGCACUAUAAAAAUAAUUGUACAUGUACAU